AAAUGAAAUUGCUGCGGAAACUGGCAAGCCACCCCCCUCGAACGGGAAGGGAAGCAAAUCGGCAUUCUCAGCUUUAAAGGGAAGCAAAGUCAAAUACCACGGUCAUCUUAACCCGAAUCAAGAAAAUCAAUUUAGAAAUUGUACCCAAAUAGAUUUUCAAAAUGCUGUCAUGCACAGAAAUGAUUACCAGGUGUCUCCAGUCUGCCAAGCAUGACCACCACAGAAAACAGCAGCAGCUUCUGCAGAAGAAUCAAAAUCAAGGAAUCUCUAUCUUCCAAGAUAUAUUUCGCCGUGCAGACAAGAAUGAUGAUGGCAAACUAUCCCUGGACGAGUUCCAGUCUUACUUUGCAGAUGGCAUUCUGACCCUGGAGCAGAUGCAGGAGCUUUACUACUCCAUUGACAGGCAGCAGACAGACAACUUGGACACAGACAAACUGUCAGAAUAUUUCUCUCCUCACCUGGGGGAAUAUCUGAAUGUCCUGUCAGCUCUAGAGAAGCUGAAUGUUGCCAUCUUGAAUGCAAUGGACAAAACAAAAGAGGAGUACCAGGGCUCAUCUGUGUUGGGGCAGUUUGUGACCCGUUUCCUUCUGAGGGAGACAAACACCCAGCUUCAGUCCCUGCAGUCAUCACUAGACUGUGCUAUGGAGGCUGUGGAUGAGCAAAGCUGCACUAGCAGGAAUAUGAUCAAAACACCAGAGGAUCUUUCUCUCCAGAGACUUACCAAACGCCCGGGUCGUCGCCUCCUAAAGAACCUUUGUCUAUCUCCCAAAGACCCCUACUCUGGCAUGCUUACUACAGGUGUGAGUGUGGAGCCAGACAACCAGCACUGGAGUUCCCAGGUCAAUCGCCUGCAUCAGCUCAUAGACAAGCUGGAGAAUGAGAGUCCACAUCUGGAACCACUCAAAGAGGACACAUUGGCCGGCACAUAUAACUCGAACAUAUUGCUGGUGCAGAGACAGAUGUCUGUGAAGGAAAAAGACAAUGAGGAAUUCCAGCAUGCCCUGAAGAUCUAUACCGAUGCCACAGCAUUCCAGGCCAACAAUCUGCAUGUGUCUGUCCAGACUCUUCCAGAGAGAUCCUGCUUCAUCAUGUAUGAGUUCUGGCAAGACCGUCUCUCCUGGAUGAGUCACCUGCAGAGCCCCAUCAGCAAGACAUUCCAGAGCUGCGUAAUUGAUGUGUUGGAGGACCCUGAAAUGGUCUCAACCAUGCUCCUUCCAGCAUCUUGGUGGAUUAUGAAUAACAACUGACAGGAGUGAAGUUCCCAUUGAAACAAUGAAAUUCAAACAAUAUCAAGAGGAGUGUUUCUAUCUCUUAUUUUGACUUUUGCAAUGCGUUUCUUCCAUGUUUACCCCAGCAUACUAAGGACUAUUUCAUGGAUAAUAUGCUGUGUUUACUAUAUAUUUUAUAUUUUUAUGCACACCUUAUAGGAACAGUAUGUAGAAUUGGUUUUCUGUGUGGAAGUUAGCUGAAUUGCAGCAAAACCUGUUUGCAUUCAAACCAACUCUCACCAAUCUAGCAACGUAAAUUAAUAAUAAUGGACAUUUGGUGGAUAUUUGGUUUCUCUUGUUAAUUAGAAAUUGCAAAAUAUGAUCCAUUACAUAUUUGCCAACAUGUACAGUAUGUUGUUACUUCUGGCAUUGUUCCGAUGGGCUUGAGCAAAAGAGAAAUUAGAUAAAAUAGACAUUCUGCAUUUAAGGAUGCAGUUUUGCAUCUACCCAAUAUAUUAUUUCAGGUGAAUUAAUGUGGAGAAACGGUAUCGUUCCACUGUUGCUGAAGCUAUAUUAUGGACAUUUUGUGAUACUACAGUACAAUACAAAAAUUCUACAUAUUGUUCCUUUAACUAUGAAUCAGCAUGACUGUCCGCCCAAGCACCUUUGUUAUUGUUGUGUUUUCUUUUGACAAAACAUAGGGGAGGUUUAAAAAAAACUAACAAAAAAUAGUGCAAUACAUAUUCUGGUGUUCUAUUUCUUGAUGUCAGAGAAGGGUACAAACAUUAGGACUCCAGGUUUAAAUCAGUCCUAAAACAGAAUUCCGUUUGAGAGAAAGAGGAAGUGAGAAUGUUGUGAAAUAUUUUUAUUGAAAUCCAUAUCAUUAUAAGAAAUGUUUUUUGCUGUGGAUGUAUCCGUUCAUUUGCAUGUCUUGUAAGACUUUAUAUAUAGAAGUAGAAAUAGACAUACAAGAAAGAAACAUUGCAUACAUAUUUUUACCAUUUCCAAUGGUUCUUUGGUACCUUCGUAAUGAACAUUACGUUAAAAUAUGUUGUGAGUUACUUUAACAUCCUGCUAUGUAACAUGUUAAUUACAUAUAAAACAUAUACAUCGACUGUGGUCUAUGGCAAUACAACACUACAAACUACAACUAAAUAAUAAAUCAUAUAAUAUAGAGGUUGAGUUUACCAAUUCAUGUGUCCAAUUCAUCUACCAGAUGUAUUGAGCAAUGUUAACCCUAGCUCAUUAAGAAGGUAAAAUAACAAAAUACUACUCCAAUGAUUUGCAAUAACUAGUUUUUAUUUUUUUGUACAGUGUUAUUUUUUAAAACAGUUAUUUGCACUCCAGGACAUUAGUUCGGAACAUUGGGCCUCUUCGAUGAAAUGAAAUAAUGGAUCUGUAUUUAUCUUCGAUUAAGGGAUACGAUGUAGGGGAGGGAUACAAUGUAGAUCUUUAGUCACUUCAUCAAAUAUCUAUGUAAUAUUACACAUUAAUAACAAAAAAAGAAAGAUACUAGUGACAUAUUAGGAUCUUUAUUAAUAGUAAACCUUAGGUAGCCUGACCUACAUGUUCUUGAAUUAAAAUGAAUUGGUAAUUAAUAGGAAACAACACAAAAUAAUUAUAUCAGAAACACUGAAAUGUACCACUCCUAUGAAUGUUUCAUAUGCAAUCUGAUGUACAAACAUGGGCAAUAAUAUUGUCACCCUUGCACUUUAUUCAAAUAAUGCUCCAUUUGUUUCUACAUAAAAUGUUGUAAAUGACUAUUCUGGCUGGAAACAGCAGAUUUUUUAUGGAAUAUCUACGUAGGCGUACAGAGGCCCAUUAUCAACAACCAUCAGUCCGGUAUCCCAAUGGCUCAUUUUGUUUGCUAAUCCAAUUUUAUCAUUUUAAGGCUAAUUGAUCAUUGGAAAACCCUUAAUGAUCAAUUAUGUGUUACAAUUAUGUUAGCUCUGCUGACAACUGCUAUGCUGAUUAAAAAAGCCAGAAACCUGGCCUACUUUAGACUAGUUGAAUAUCUUCAGCAUCUGAAAUUUAGUUUGAUUACCGGCUCAAAAUGGCUAGAAACAAGGAAUGUUCUUCUGAAAUUCAUCAGUCUAUUCUUGUACUGAGAAAUGAAGGCUAUUCCAUGCGAGAAAUUGCCAAGAAACUAAAGAUCACAAAAAAAAAGCUCAAACUGGCUCUAACCGGAAUAGAAAGAAGAGUGGGAGGCCCCAGUGCCCAACUGAGCAAGAGGACAAAUACAUUAGUGAUUUGUUUGAGAGACAGAUGCCUCACAGUUCCUCAACUGGCAGCUUCAUGAAACCGUGUAGUAGAUAGAAUGAUAGUGUAUAUUUCUUUGGUUUGCAGGUGAACUAAACUAACAAUUGUGAAUAAUUUAGUGUAACUUAUCCCACAAGUAAAUGCCACCAAAUUCCCCAGAUAAUAUUACUGACCCCUAGAAGCAGUUAGAAAUAAAUAGAUUUCAAGCAGUUAAGUCUUUAAUUGAACUGUGGUGAGUUGCAGUUGUCUGCAAUAUAAAAAUAAUUGAUUUAACCAGUUUGAAUACUUCCUUUGUGGAUGUGGCACAAAAGAAAACGAAUCAUUUUUGGAAUGGUCGGAAAAGGACAUCAAUCAACUGCCACACAGAUUCAAGCUGACCUUUAGACACAAGUCAGGACAGUUUCGAACCACACUGUCGCCAGCGCAAGACCCAGGAGGAGCUCACUGCUGAGAGAGAGACAUUAGAAAGCCAGACUCACUUUUGAAACCCCCCAGGAAUGUUUCAAGACAAAACACUGGAGUGUUCUGAAGUGACUAGCAAUGACUAUAGGUCUAAAUCAUAUUCAAAACCUGUAAAGAGAUCUGAAAACACAAGGUCGCAGGAGUCCUUCAAAUCUUGGAUCAUUGGAGCCGCCUGAACAAGAAGAGUGGGCCAAACUGUCAGUACAGAGGUCCUGGUAGCUCAUCCAUGGCAAUAGAUAUAGAUUUGAUUUCAGUUAUUUUAGUCAAAGGUUGUUCUACCAAAUAAUGAGCCUAGGGUAUCAUUGUUUCUAACUGCCAUAUAUAUAAUAUAUUUAUACUUUUUUUUAUAGUUAAAUAUACUAGGUUCUGAAUCAAAAACAUGUUCUGAAAGACUAACAAUGAAGUAAAGGAUUUUGAAGACCAAAUGCUUAAUAAUACAUAUUAUUAAAGUGCAAUGGUGCCAAUCAUUUUGCUUACAACUGUAGAUAUGGCAUUAUAGAGAAAAAGCUGUAAACCAGUUUCUACAAUAUGUAUUUCUGCAUUGUGGACAUUUGACACUACAUGUAAAUAUUCUUGAUGAAGUCUAACCUAUCACCCCACCCCUAAGAAAACGACACAGCUGUGUCCUUGUAUUGCACAAGUUGUGUCAUUUAUUACUGCAUGUUUCAAAUCCAGCCUGCCAGAUACACUGUGGGGAGGCCGACAUCCUCAGAGAGACCCAUCACACACACCUUGAAUGGCUUUCUCCAUGAAGUUUGCACUUCUCCAUGUCUAAAAUAUGCAUUAUCGCUCAAAACAUGUUCUUUACAUUUUAGUGUGCGCACAUGAGUUAUUGUUUGUGGUGGUAUUUUUUUUCUGUCAUAAUGAAACAACAACACAACCAACAUUAUGUGUGGGGGAAAAAUCCCUGCAUUACAUUUUGAAAAGUUUCUCUGUGUUUGGAUAAUAGUAAUGCUUUAUGGGUAGAAUGUCUUAAUGAAACUGAAACUACUUCACAUGUUGUUAAUGAUUAUUACUAGAUACCGUUUGUCAUCUGGUAGCAGAGUGUUGCUCAUGCUAAAUGGGGAUGAAUAAAUAUCCAAUCUACUCUGUACUGUAUUGUUCUUCUGUCCUCCAGUCAUACCAUUAACAUUUAAAACCAAUGUUCCAUAUUUAUGCAGAUGCUUUGUUUAUUUUUGGCAUGAAAUAAAGUUAAUGAAUUAACUGUU